AUGAAGGCUUUAGGAGGUAUCGCGUCCUUUAUAAAGACGGACACUGAGUUCUUGAUUCAAUAUGAUACUGGAGAACUGGCUACGCUCAAUAUAUUAAACAGCCAUGUAUUUAAGUACUACAUGUCACCAACAGGCGACUUCCAAGAUUUUCCAACACCGAACAAUCCAACCGACAUCGCAAAGAUAAACGUGAAAAAUAUAAUCGAUUACGAUAAUAAACCCUUUGAAUAUUCUAUACUCAAAGAAACUGAACAGUAUUUUAACAUUUAUACAAAUAAAAUCACGAUACGCUUUGAUAAGAAACACGGUACUUUGACUGUACAGGACUUACGCAACAACAAAGACGUACUUAUUGAGUCCCAACCUUUGUACUAUGAUGAUACCGUAGCCAAACAGACGUUAUACCAACAUAAAGAUGAAUAUUUCUUUGGCGGCGGAAUGCAAAACGGAAGAUUCUCGCACAAGGGAGAAAAAAUACAAAUCGUUAAUACAAACAAUUGGGUGGAUGGCGGCGUAACAUCGCCCUGUCCGUUUUAUUGGUCCACUAAAGGUUAUGCCGUUUUAAGGAACACUUGGCAGCCAGGCGUCUAUGAUUUUGGUGUCAUAAAUCCCGAUAUUGUUGAAACAGUUCACCAAGAAAACUUUUUUGAUGCAUUUUUCUUCAUUAGCUCUAACCCAGUAGAUAUAUUAAAAGAUUAUUACGAAUUGACUGGACAACCAAUUUUCAUGCCAGAGUUUGCAUUUUACGAGGCUCAUUUAAAUGCAUUCAAUCGCGAUUACUGGGUAAAAGUUGAUAAGAAUACACCAAGAGCGAUUUUGUUCGAAGAUGGACAUUAUUACAGAUGUUAUCAACCCAAAGAUAUGGGCGACAAAGAAGGUAUAUUGGAGUCAUUGAACGGGGAGAUAAACAAUUACCAAUUCUCAGCAAGAGGUAUGAUUGAUAGAUACGAAAAAUACGAUAUGCCGCUAGGUUGGUUUAUACCCAACGAUGGUUAUGGUUCUGGCUACGGUCAGACAAAUUCUCUACAGGGCGAUAUAGAAAAUCUAAGGCAAUUCGCAGAAUAUUCGAGAAGAAAGGGCGUCGAAACUGCGUUGUGGACAGAAUCAAAUUUAGAGCCUGUAGAUCCUGAAAAUCCGAAAAAAGGUGAUCGUGACUUAAUAAAUGAAGUUCGAAUUGCAGGAGUAGCUGCACUUAAAUGUGACGUCGCAUGGAUUGGAUACGGAUAUUCUUUUGCCUUAAACGCGGUUGAGAAUGCUGCUAAGCUCUUUACAAAAGGAGCUAACCAUAAAUCUCGAACAAUGAUUAUAAUGGUUGAUGGCUGGGCUGGCACUCAAAGAUAUGCAGGAAUAUGGAGCGGCGACCAAACUGGGGGACAAUGGGAAUACAUAAGAUUUCAUAUACCAACAUACAUUGGCUCUGGCCUUUCCGGUAUACCUAUUGUAGGCUCGGAUAUGGACGGCAUUUAUGGAGGAGGUGUAAAAAAUGUGAAUAUACGCGACUAUCAAUGGAAAGCAUUUACACCACUACAAUUAAGUAUGGACGGUUGGGGUAAUACUCAGAAGACGCCAUUUAUAUUUGACGACGAAGCUAAAGUUAUUAAUAGAGCAUAUUUAAAAUUAAAGUCGAUGUUUAUGCCAUACAAUUAUACAAUAUCUUACAAAUCAACACACGGUUUGCCAAUGAUUAGAGCCAUGUUUCUAGAAUUUCCCGAAGAAAAUUGUGGAUAUACGAAGGACUCACAGUAUCAGUACAUGUGGGGUCCUUAUAUAUUAGUUGCUCCGGUAUACAAAGAAGAAUAUAACAAAGAUAGUGAAUGGGUACGUCAUGGUGUUUAUUUACCCGAUCCUGAUCAAGUUUGGGUGGAUUUGUUGACUGGAGAAAAAUACCAGGGUGGAAAAAUAUGGAACAACUUAAAAACACCCUUGUGGAGAAUACCUAUAUUUAUAAAAGAUGGUGCCAUAAUACCUAUGGUAAAUCCAAAUAAUAACUGUUAUGAGAUAAAAAGAGACCAAAGAAUUUUUGAAAUUUUCCCGAACGGCGAAUCUAACUUUGAAGUUUAUGAAGAUGAUGGCAAAUCUGCUGAUUAUUUACAAGGCCAGUAUGCUAAAACAAAAAUUACAGUCGUUGGGCCCACGUCAAAUAGCCAUGGCGAACUAUACAUACAUGUGCAUAAAACAAAAGGAAUUUACCAAAAUAUGGUGGCAGAGAGAUCAACUCUCUUUAGAAUAAUGGCUUCAGCAGAUGCAGCUCAUCACAUAAAAGCUACUAUAAACGAUGAUAUUAUUCAAAUUCCUAAAGUUGAAACAGAGGAAGAAUUUCAUGCAAAAGAAAAUGCUUAUUAUUUCAAUAAUGAGUACCUGGUAAAUCCUUAUCUGAAAGAUUUUGGAAGUGAGGCAAUGAAACGAAAAUGUAUAAUGAUAAAGGUUCAGAAAACCGAUGUUACAAAUAGCGAUAUUCAUAUAAAAAUUAAGGGAUUUGAAAACAAAAGUCUAAUCUUUGGAAACAAUACAGUUUUGAAUAAUUCUCUAAAGGCGCCCGCUAGAUUUACAGUAUUAGACGAAGAUAUUACGCCGACAGCAAUCGGCCUACGUUGGGAUUCUGAGAAAAACGUUUAUUAUGAAAUUGAAAGAGAUGGAACACUGUUCACAAACAUCACAGGUACAGAAUUUACUUUUGAUGGAUUCAAAGUGGAAUCCGAGCACAAAUUCAGAAUCAGAUCGGCUAGCGAUAAAGGUGUAUCAAAAUGGAGUUACUCCAUAACAGUUUCAACAAAAGAAGAUCCCCAUAAAAAUACAGUGAAGGGUGUAAAAGUACUUUGUAACAUUCCAUGUCAACCUUUCCAAGAAGUAUGUCUGCUUACUAAUGGAGAUCCUACUUCCUUAUGGCAAACAGAUUUCGCCAAGCCACACCAAGCUAAUGCAACUGGAGGCAAAGUAAUUGAAUUAAAAUUUGACUUGGGAAGUAUCUAUAAAAUUAAUAAAAUAGAGUACACCCCAAGGGAGGAUGCAGGAAAUGGCACUAUUCUUCAACUACAGUAUAGAUUUUCUACAGAUGGUAAAGAAUGGAGUCCUAUGUCCCAACCUAUUGAUUGGAAACACGAUGAAACAGUAAAAACAAUUGCAUUUAAUGAUAAACCAAUGAGAUAUGUAGGGUUGAAUAUAUUAAGUGCUGUUGGAGGAUUUGGCUCAGGGAAACAUAUUUUGUUUUAUAAAUCUGAUAACUAA